AGCAAUUAUGGCGUCGGAAAGAUUCCCAAAUUGUUCGCCAUGAAGUUUUUGGUGGUUUGUUUUGUGAUCUGGCAAAGGUUUAGGAGGAUUAAUGGGGUUUUGGAUGGAUAUGGUGAUAAAGAAAACUACGAUGAUGUUACUAAAGAAGUUGAUGCAAUAAAAUUAAGUUGCAAACUCCACGCCAAACUAAGUGCAGUUGUCAAAAGUUUUAAUAAAUUAUACAACGUCCCAAUAUUAAUGUUCUGCCUAACGGCCUUCGCCAACGGCGUUCUAGAAAUGUUCAGCUUUUUUCAAAAAACCUGCUAUCAGCACAAAGUCGAUUUAAAAAAUUUGGUGUUCGUUGGCAAUAAUUUAUUGGUCACCAUGCUACCGGCAAUUUUGGUGUCAAUUUCCAGCUACUGUAUAAAAAUUGAAGCCUCCAAAACUGCUGGAAAACUUCAUAAAGUGCGAAACAAAGACGAUGAACGAAUCAGGAAUAUGAUCCAAAUUGGGUCCUUGCAGUUGUUUCACGAAAAUGUGGUUUUGACUGCUGGAGGUUUGUUUGAACUUGGGCCAACUUUUUUGCACGCGGUUUUGGCGGCAUCUGUGUCUUAUUUUGUGAUUACGAUCCAGUUGGACCCUUCUUGGCAAGAUUAGAACUGAAGACAAAAGUAAUAGUUGC